GUGAGGCGGUUGGUGAUUGGGCGAGCCAGCGCGAGAGCGGCCUGGUCCCGCAGGAGGCGCCAGGCUAUUUGAAAGACGCGGCCUCGCGCUGCUGGAGCUUCCUUCGACCCACCUUCCACCCUGGUCCCGGGCCGCGAUGGAGGCGGCCACUGAAGCGACAACGCAGGCGGAGGAGGUGGCGGCAGCGGCGGCCCAGAGGCCCAAGAAAAUAUCUGGUAACAAUGAUUGGUUUCAGAGUUCCCGGGUUCCUAGCUUUGCUCAGAUGUUGAAAAAGAACUUGCCACUUCAACCUUCUUCAACAGCAGUGAAUCCUCCUCCAGUAUAUUCAUCAUCAGAAGAUUAUAGUGUGUCAAAUUUAGCUUCUAAGGUUACACAAGUCACAGGUAACUUUCCAGAACCACUGCUUUCCAAAGUAGUCCUGCCUAAUCCAAAUACUGCCCUUCCUCCAAAGAAGAUUCCCAAGGAAUUCAUUAUGAAGUACAAACGUGGAGAGAUCAAUCCAGUGUCAGCUCUCCAUCAGUUUGCACAAAUGCAGCGUGUGCAACUUGACAUUAAGGAAACUGUAACAACAGGUAAUGUUAUGGGUCCUUAUUUUGCCUUCUGUGCUGUGGUGGAUGGUAUUCAAUAUAAAACUGGACUGGGACAAAAUAAAAAGGAAUCUAGAUCCAAUGCAGCCAAGCUAGCCCUUGAUGAGCUUUUGCAGUUGAAUGAUCCUGAACCAAGGAAUGUGGAAACCUCAGCUCUCUAGGCUUGGCCAUUUUGGCCUCAAGGCCUUAAUGAAACCUCCUAGACAGAGCUCCCAAAAUGACUAUGUUUUCUCCUCCCUGAGUGAUUCCAUAUUUACCUGGCCAAUCUUGUCCUGAUUCUCCAAAAUGGUGACACCAUGAACUAUGAGGAACAACACCAGAGAACUAGAAAUUGUAGAGAAGCAACCAGAAAACUUUGGCAGUAAGAUGCACCAAAAACUGUGUGGGGGAAAAUAAAACCCCACUUAAAUUAGCUUCAAAGUAGGCCUAACUGUUGUCUCCCCUCAAAGACUUGCUGUAAUAAAUGAACAUUCACUUGUAUUACUUUUUUGUAUUUUCAUGUAUAUGUAGAUAUUUUUAUGAUUAAUAAACUGCAAAUUAUAUAAACUAUUAAUAAACUAAAAAUUAUU